GAACAAUUAAAAUUUAUCCACCUUCAUGUCGCGUUCGAAUCCAUCUCAGUGAUCUAAAUUAUUUGUCACACAAACAACAGACAGUAUUAUUUCUGUCAGUGAUACGUAAAUGUCCGCGAAACCUGUGAUUCUCUUCUUGUGUUCUCGAGGUACCUGUAGUGUUUGCAACGUAUUCGACGUUCAAGUCUUAUAAAAAAGAUUCAAAGUAUGUCUCGACCAGGAUCUUAUUCAUAUACAGGACUUCCUGCACCUCCGCCUCAUCAAUACUUUUACGAUGAAAUGGAAGGUUAUAUAGGUGAUUAUUCCGAAAGCGAAGGAUUAUCUGAUGCGGCACCACAUUUAAUCACAGCAGGAAAUCCGGAUAUCACGGAAUUAUAUCGACGGAAAGCGAUGGCUUUGCCGGUGGCACAAAAUCAUUACAAUCACUUUUUACAUGCUCCCCCGCCACCUGAGUAUUAUUAUGAACCAAUGCGGCAACCUCAAAUGAUUAGGGCGUCUACGUAUAGAAAACGAAUGCCUGUUAUCGCUGAACAACCGAGAUAUUAUUCGCCGGAAAGAACAGAAGUUUUUAAUCCACAUCAACCGACUUAUAGAAGUACUCAUCAAUUGGUUACGUCUUUGCCAAGAAAUGCAGUUCCCGCGUCCAUUCCAUCUGCAACGGUUGUUAGAUCUAAUGUUGGUGUUAGAAGACAUCCUAUUACAGUAAGAACUCCAAAGUAUUAUCGAAGACCAGCGACACCAGCUCCAAUAAAACGACCAUCAGCUUUAUGUUUACCAGUUGCGGCACAACCAGAUCCCGCAGUUUAUAACAAACGAAAUAAACGAAUUCCUCAAGAUGCACACCUUUAUCAAAAUGAAUACGUUUUUCCUAUUAGCCAGUCACAAAGUAAACACCAUCCCCAUUAUGGUAAUACGGAUAAAAAUCGAUUACUAAAUAAAGACAAUUUAAAUGUUACACGAUCUAAAUUAGAUGCUGCUUUAGAAAGAUAUGAAAACAUUUUUGAAAAGAAUAUGGUUGAAUUCGCUGGAAAUCCACCGGAUCUUAAUUUAGUUAGAAUGUUAAAACCUAAGAUACCUCCUACAAUAAAAGAAACCCAAGAAAAACUUAAACAACAAAAAUCUCAAAAAACUCAAAAAGAACAAGAGGAAGUUACCUCCGAUGCAUUAGAAGAAAUGUUAUUCGCUGACCUUAAAGCUAAUGGCUUUACAAAUAAUGAAUCGGGUGAUUUUAAACAACCACCUCAAGAAUCAAACACUAACAAUAAUGAAGGAAAAGAUGAUAAAACACCAAGAAGUACAGAUGGAACAGUAGGGAGCGAAAAAGGUUUAAAAGAUCUCCCGAAAAGUUUUAACUAUCAAGAAAUUCAAAACAACGUAAUCAAAAAAACUCAACAAAACAAUCAAUGUUCUCAACAUACUUCAGGAAUUAUCCAAGAGGAACCAUUUGAAGUUCCAGAACAAGAUGUUCCAAAUGAAAAGGAUAUUAGAAAAUGUGAAUCUGUUCAUACUAAAGAACACCUGCAAGAUUGUGUUUCAAAUCCAUUAGAUCUUCAACCCGAAUCGUUUAGACGUAUAUGUUCACAAGCUUCUUCUCAAAGAUUAAAUGAUAAUGAUCGUUCAGCUGAGUCGAUUAAAUCGUUAAGAACCGCAACUGUUCCUAGAGUGCUGGUUGAUGAUGCUCUUGAACUGCACCGAACUAAAAGUUAUGUAGUCAAUUUAAUUGAUCACGCUUUAAGUAAUCAUUUUGGAACGAAUUUAUGUGAAAAAUAUUCGACAAAAGAAAAUCCUAUAGAUCACCGUGUAGCUGUCGACAUAUUAAAGAAACAUUCCGCUGGAAAAAUGGACAAAGAACUAUGUGUGGAAAUAGCUCAAGCUUUAGCAGAUACUUUUAAUUCCAGUUCAACUUCUUGUACGGCCGGAAAUUUGCAUCACGACUGCGAACCUAAACCACAAACAAGCUCUUGUUCUUGUAGUAAAAUGUCCGAUGAGCCUUUAUAUGUUAAGCAAUUAAAACAGUUAAGAUGGGGUCACUUGAAACAUAUUCAACGCGAAGUACGAAGACUCGAAGAUUUGGAACGGUUUCUUGAUUCGUGUAGCUCGAAUUCGUAUGUUUAACCAAAGAAUCAGUGCACAAUGUAUACAAGUUAAUAAAAUAAAUAUAUUGACAAAUAAUUCAA